AUGGUCGCGUGGACUGGAUUUAGAGGCUGUGUUGGAAAAACAGGACCGUUUAAUGUUUUGGAAACGGAUUUGCACUUGAAAACGUAUUAG